CCAGCGAAGGGAAGGGAUGUUAUGAGCUAAUUAAAAAUCUGAAAUGAUAUCUCUUUAUUGAUCAUUUUCAUCCAAUAAUAUAUAUACAGAUAUAUUAUUCCAGGAAUUCCUUAGCCUGUCUUUGUGAAUAGUUUUACUUAGGUAAAAUUGAUAUACAGUAAGCUACACAUAUUUAAAUUGUGCAAUUUGAGUUUUGAUGUGUACAUUUGUGAAUUCAUCAUUAGAAUGUAAUAAGAUAUUCAUUAUCUGCAAAAAUUUCUUCAUGGACUGUUUUAAUUUCAUUUUCUCACUCACCUUCCUAAUCUGUUUACUACUGAUCUGCUAACUUUUGCUAUUAUUUCUGUCACUGUAGGUAAGAAUUUUAUCUAAAUGGAAUCACUCAGUAUGUACUCUCCAGUCUGACUUCCUUUGUUCAGCAUCAUCCAUGUUGUAACAAGUUCAAUAGAUUAUUUCUUUUUUAUUGUUGAGUGGUGUUCCAUUGGAAGGGUAUAUAACCAUUUGUUUAUUCAUUCAUGUGUUGGACAUUUGGAUUUUUUUUAGAUUUUCACAUUUACAAAUAUGCUUUUAACAAUUAUGUACAUGUCUUUGUAUAUAUACAUGUAUGUUCAUUUCUCUUUAAUAAACACACAGAGUAGAAUGGCUGGAUCAUGAAACUUUUUAAGAAAUUGCCAAACUGUUUUACAAUGUAGUUGUACAAUUUUCAUUCCUAUCAGCAGUGUAUGAGAGUUCCACUUCCUCCAUAACCCCAAAGACAUGUGGCAUAGGCUGUCUUUUUACUUUUAGUCAAGCAAGUGUGUAGUGUUAUAUCAUUGUUACUUAGUUUUUACUUCUUUAUUCACUAACCAUGUUGAUCUUUUUUUAUGUGCUUAUUUGUUAUCCAUGUAUCUUCUAUGGGUAAACAUUUUUUCAAAUCAUUUCUUUUUUGUUGUUUUAAUCUGUAGGUAAUAGUGUCUUGGUAUCAGAUAUUACAAUAACAAUAAUCUUUUUUAUUUUGACUUUUUCUCUCUUAGCAUGAUUUAUUUAUUAAUUCAUCCAUCCAUUAACAUGACAUAAAUGAGCAUUUACAAAGUUUUGAGCACUGAGGAUACAUUGAAGAGGGAGAUUCUGUACCUGCUGUCAGUCAGCAGGCACAAAAAUUGUCCAUUAAAAUCUAUUGUCUGGUCACACAUCACUUAAUGAUGGGGAUACAUUCUAAGAAAUACGUCAUAAGGCAAUUUAGUCAUUACGGGAACAUUAUAGAGUGUACUUACACCAACUUAGAUGGGUAUUGCCUACUAAACAGCUAGGCUAUAUGAUAUAGGCUAUUGCUCCUAGGGUACCAGCCUGUAAGCAUGUUACUGUACUGUACUCAAUAAAUCGGGAAUUGUAACACAAUGGUAAUUAUUUGUGUACGUAAACAUAGAAAAUGUACAGUAAAAUAUAGUAUUAUGAUCUUAUGAGUCCACCGUUGUAUAUGUGGUCCUUCAUUUACAAAACAUCAUGGUGCAGUGUAUAACUGUGAUUAUAAUGUAUUCCCUUUGCUUAGUAUUGUGUAGUUUACGAUUCAUUCAUGUGGUUGCUUUUUAUAAGGGAAAAGAAUAGGAGAUAAUGCUAUGCUAUGUAAGAUUCUGCCUUAGCUUUCAGAGUUCACACUGCCUUGGGGAAAGCAGACAGAGACAAAACAUAUUGUAGCAGAAAGUAAGUUUCACACAGAGGUAUUAAAAAAUAAGUCCCUAUAAAUAGAGAGGAUUUCCUGGAGGUAGUGGGACUUUUGGAUUUGGGGAAUUGAUACAAUUUUUUAAAGCUUUUAAUCUUUUAAUUAUUUUUAGAGACAGGGUCUUUGUUGCCCAAGCUGGAGUGGGCUCAAGUGAUCCUUCCACCUCAGCCUCCUGAGUAGCUAGGAUGACAGGUACAUGCUAACAUGCCUGGUUGGCUUUUUUUUCUUGUAGAGAUAGGGUAUCACUAUGUUAUCUAGGGUGAUAAGAUUUUAAUAUAUGAAUAAUAUGAAGAUAUUUGAUUAGUGAGGCAAAGAGCAGCAAUAUUUAAGUUUUGAAAAGCAAGAAAAUGCUGGGCCAUUUGGGCUGACUAGUUUCCUGGAAGUUUAGGAUAAAUAGUGUUCUUUUGACUACAGUCAUAUGAUAAUAAGUGGAUUGUCAUCUUAUUUCAGCUCAUAGAUGCCUCUGAAAGACUUAGUGAAGUACAUAAUUAGAGGAUCUUAAUGUUCUCUGAAAUUAUCAUCACCCAUAAACGCAUGGUCUGAACAUUAUUUAGUAGUUUAGUGGGAUUUUUUUUUUUGAGACGGAGUUUCGCUCUUGUUACCCAGGCUGGAGUGCAAUGGCGCGAUCUCGGCUCACUGCAACCUCCGCCUCCUGGGUUCAGGCAAUUCUCCUGCCUCAGCCUCCUGAGUAGCUGGGAUUACAGGCACGCGCCACCAUGCCCAGCUAAUUUUUUGUAUUUUUAGUAGAGACGGGGUUUCACUAUGUUGACCAGAAUGGUCUCCAUCUCUUGACCUCGUGAUCCACCCGCCUCGGCCUCCCAAAGUACUGGGAUUACAGGCGUGAACCACUGCGCCCGGCCCAGUUUAGUGGGAUUUUUAGCUACACAAGAUUAUCGUGUAGAUUUUAUAGCCUUGUUAAGGUGCAGUACUCAGCAUAGAAACUAAAGACAAGGACCAAAUCUCCCACUAAAAUAUUUAUUUUUAACUUUCCAGACAUCUUUAUAGUCUGCUCUGAGAAUUUUACUUUUUCUUUUGGUUCACCUUGUGAUAGCUAAAAUAAUAUUCUGAAAUGCUGAGGAAGUAUGGUCUCUGGUCCUUAGGGUAGGAAAAUUUUUUCAGUCUGUGCAUGCUCUAUUCUGGACUGAAUGUUAAGUAUUUUACCUUAUAAACUUUCUGAAGAAAAAGAGUCCACUUUAUCCAUCAAUUCAGAAAGUCAGAGGACAUGGGAUAUGUGAUUCUGAUAUUUAUUUUAAUGGAAUAGCCUAGGAGAUAUGGGAGAUAUGGAAGUCUUAAGAUGAAGGUCACUCACUCACUAGUAUAUAGGGACCUUUGUUGUUACUUUGCUUUGUUACUUUCCUUUCACUUUUUUUUUUUUUUUGGUGAUACGAUAAAGUGUUCCAGUGCUAUCAACUCACUACAGCAGUGGGACCUUGAACAAACAAACUACAGAAAGAAAUAAUUUCUUAUAGCUUUCUGUUGUCUGCAAUUUCAAAUACAGACUUUAAAAAAUGAUUAUAAUCAGUGAGUUUUCUAUGGUAUAUCAAUAUGACAAGGGGUUUUUAUUAUAAUUGAUGAAAGUUUAUGUGAAGAAAGGAAGAAUGCUUAUUAUAAACAACAUAAUUUUUGUAAUAUUUUAAAUUAGUAUUUGUAUGUUUUGAGUUAUUAAUUAUAAAUACAUAGAAAUAAAUUUGUUCAUAAUACCAAAACAACCAGUGCUAGAGGAUAAAUGAGACAAGGUUAGAAACCUACAUACAUGCAGAUACAUACCAUGUGAUCAAAAAUAGAUUAAAAACUUCCAAAGGAAGGGGAAAAUAUUAUCAAUUCAUACUCCACAUGUUAAUUGGAUAAUAUCAGACCAAGUCCUCUCUUAGCAUCAUUGAUAGGUUCUUAAAACUGUAACUUUAAUGGAAAUGAUGUAUAAAUAAACUAAUUUAGGCAUACACUAAUUGAUAUAAACAAGAUUUAAGUUCCUGCAGCAUAUUUCUGGUCACAGAAACAUUACCAAACUUCUAAAUAAAGUCUCUAAACACUUCAAAUAUUAAACAACAAAGUAUACAUGAACUAUGCAUACGUUUAAGAAAGGUUAAUAAAAACAAGCAAAAUCAUCAUUAACCCAGUUAUUAUAGUUCAGGGUCAUGGAUGGCUGUUGUUUAUUCCAGCAGCUCAGGGUUCAUGGUAGGAACCAGACCUAGACAGGACACCAUUCGUGUCACAGGGUGCACUCACACACAGACCCCACUCACUCAUAAUGGGGAAACUUAGACAUGCCAAUUAACCUAACAUGCACAUAUUUGGGAUGUGGGAAGAAAUCAUAGUAUUCAGAGAAAACCCGCACAGACACAGGGAGCAUGUACAAAUACCACACAGACAGUAGCCCCUGCUAAGAAUCAGUUUUUUUCUCAUUAUAAUUAAACAGAUGCUAUUUGAGAACCUGUGAUAGUUAUCUUCUGAAGAGCAUAAUUUGUCCUAUGAAAUAUCUAAGUCAAUGCAUAUAAUUGAUCAUUACACAGUUCUAAUAUAUUCUAGGAUACAUUUCCCAUGAAAGAAAUAUUUCUUUAAAAAAUUCAAAUUUUGGUUCUAUUAAAUUGUCACAAUGUUGGAUAAGAUGAGAGUUAGAUAUGUGAUCCAGUUUUAAGUAAUUUCCCAGGGUGAUGCAUAUAGUUAUUGGCAAAAAACAGUCUAAAAUUCAGGUCUCAUGGUCCCUAGUUUGGUGUUCUUUUCAUUACAAUACUUCUUUCCCAAAUUUUAUUUAAUCCCCAUCUCCACUUUUAUAAUUUCUCCCUACUUGAUCAACAAAUGCAAUACAGAGUAAAAUUUAGCCAAAGGAAGUGGUUGUUAUCUGAAAUGAUUGGUAUUAGUAAAAACUUAGUUAAUGUAAACACUUGUAAAACAGCAAUAAAAAUUUGUCACAAAAUCCUCACAUAGAUGAUCAAUUGAUUUUUGACAAAAAUGAUGAUAAUGUUUAAGAGGGAAAGAAUAUUCUUUUAAAAAAAUGGCACUGAGAAAACUAAGUAUCAAUGUGCAGAAGAAUGAAGUUAGAUCUUUACCUCAUGCCAUAUACAAAAAUUAACUCAAAAUGGAUUAGAAGCCUACAUUUCAGUGCUAGAACUACAGAACAUUUAAAGGAAACAUAAAAGUAGCUUCUCAUGACUUUGGGAUCUACAGUGACUUCCUAAAUAUGAUACCAAAAGCACAACCACUAAAAUAAAUAAUAGAUAAAUUGGACAAUAUCAAAAGUAAAAUUUUGUCCUAUAAAGAACAGUAUCAUGAAAGUAAAAAGGCUCACUGAACAAGGGAAAAUAUGUGCAAAUUGUGUAUCCGGUAAGGGAAUAUAAAAAAUAUAUUUGUAGAUAUAAAUAGUUUUAUAAACAUGGAUAGUUUCAUAAACAUAGAUAUUAAUAUUUAGUGGGAUGUUAGCUGUAUUCCAUUUCAUUGCUUUAUUUUACUAUCAAUCCAAAAAAACCCUCUAGUUUAAGAUUCUAAUAAUUUAUAAUUAUUCAUAAUCUAAGGAUCCAUGAUACAAUGUCCUCCUCCAUUGGAAAAGAUCAUCUUCUCUGAUGGAAGGCACAGCUCUAGGAACAGUAUCCAUCGACAGCCUGCACAGAUUUCUGUCAUGGAGAGAUAGAGAUCUGCUUUGCACUGAGGGAGAAGCGGCACAUAAGGUCAGAGAAGUAGGUGAAUUUUGAAAUAAAGCUGGUACGCUGUAAAGCUCUGCAGCGUUGGAUAUGCUCCGAUUCCUGAUCUCACAGCUGCAGUGAGACUCUAAACUCCUUGAAUGCAACAGAAUUUGUGGUGGUGGUUAUUGUUGUUAAAUACCAUCAACUGCCUUUGCAAAGGAGAAGUCGCAAUAUUUGAAGAUCUGUUUGCUUGCAAAGUUCUUGGACUUGAGUACUUAAGUCCAGAGAAGACCCUCCAGUUUUUGACAAGUAAUGGGAGAAAGAUGGCUUAUCAGAAGGUCAAUGCAGAUCAAAGAGCUCCAGGACACUCACAGUACUUAGACAAUGAUGACCUUCAAGCCACUGCCCUUGACUUAGAGUGGGACAUGGAGAAGGAACUAGAGGAGCCUGGUUUUGACCAAUUCCAGCUAGACAGUGCUGAGAAUCAGAACCUAGGGCAUUCAGAGACUACAGACCUCAAUCUUGAUUCCAUUCAACCAGCAACUUCACCCAAAGGAAGGUUCCAGAGACUUCAGGAAGAAUCUGACUACAUUAGCCAUUAUACACGAUCUGCACCAAAGAGCAAUCGCUGCAACUUUUGCCACCUUUUAAAAAUACUUUGCACAGCCAUCAUUGUAUUUAUUUUUGGGAUUUUGAUAGGUUAUUACAUACAUACAAAUUGCCCUUCAGAUUCUCCAUCUUCAGGAACGGUUGAUCAUCAGUUAUACCAAGAGAUUCUCAAGACAAUCCAGGCAGAAGAUAUUAAGAAGUCUUUCAGAAAUUUGGUACAACUGUAUAAAAGUGAAGAUGACAUGGAAGUUUCAAAGAAGAUUAAGACUCAGUGGACUUCGCUGGGCCUGGAAGAUGUACAGUUUGUAAAUUAUUCUGUGCUGCUGAAUCUGCCAGGCCUUUCUCCCAGCACUGUGACUCUAAGCAGCAGCGGUGAGUGCUUUCAUCCUGAUGGCCAGCCUUGCAGUGAAGAAGCCAGAAAAGAGAGCAGCCAAGACCUACUCUACUCAUAUGCAGCCUAUUCUGCCAAAGGAACUCUCAAGGCUGAAGUGAUCGAUGUGAGUUAUGGAAUGGCAGAUGAUUUAAAAAGGAUUAGGAAAAUGAAAAAUGUAACAAAUCGGAUUGCACUCCUGAAAUUAGGAAAAUUGCCACUGCUUUAUAAGCUUUCCCUAUUGGAAAAAGCUGGAUUUGGAGGCGUCCUUCUAUAUAUUGAUCCUUGUGAUUUACCAAAGACUGUGAAUCCUAGCCAUGAUAUCUUCAUGGUGCCACUGAAUCCAGGAGGAGACCCUUCUACACCUGGUUACCCAAGUGUUGAUGGAAGUUUUAGACAAAGCCAAUCAAACCUCACCUCCCUGUUAGUGCAGCCCAUCUCUGCCUCCCUGGUUGCAAAACUGAUCUCUUCACCAAAAGCUAGAACCAAAAAUGAUGUCUGUAGCCCUCUACAGCUUCCAAAUAAUGAAAUAAGAGUCGUCAGCUUGCAAGUUCAGACAGUCACAAAACUGAAAACAGUAACUAACGUUGUUGGAUAUGUAAUGGGCUUGACGUCUCCAGACCGGUAUAUCAUAGUUGGCAGCCAUCAUCAUACUGCACACAGUUAUAAUGGACAAGAAUGGGCCAGUAGUACUGCAAUAAUCACAGCGUUUAUUCGUGCCUUGAUGCCAAAAGUUAAGAGAGGGUGGAGACCAGACCGAACUAUUGUUUUCUGUUCUUGGGGAGGAACAGCUUUUGGCAAUAUUGGCUCAUACGAAUGGGGAGAGGAUUUCAAGACGGUUCUUCAGAAAAAUGUUGUGGCUUAUAUUAACCUCCAUAGUCCCAUAAGGGGUAAUUCUACUCUACGUCCUGUAGCAUCACCAUCUCUUCAGCAACUGGUAGUAGAGAAAAAUAAUUUCAACUGCACCAGAAGAACUCAGUGCCCAGAAACCAAUAUCAGUUCUAUACAGAUACAAGGUGAUGCUGAUUAUUUCAUCAACCAUCUUGGAGUUCCCAGCGUGCAGUUUGCUUAUGAGGACAUCAAAACAUUAGAGGGUCCAAGUUUUCUCUCUGAGGCCCUUUUUUCUACACAAUCAACAACAGUUGAAGAAAUGGAUCCGUUUUUCAAACUUCAUGAAACCAUUACUAAGCUUUCGGGAGAAGUGAUUUUGCAAAUUGCCAAUGAACCUGUUCUGCCCUUUAAUGCACUUGAUAUAGCUUUAGAAGUUCAAAACAACCUUAAAGGUGAUCAACCCAACACUCAUCAACUGUUAGCCAUGGCAUCACGCCUGCGGGAGAGUGCUGAACUUUUUCAGUCUGAUGAGAUGCGACCUGCUAAUGAUCCCAAGGAGAGAGCACCCAUCCGCAUCCGGAUGCUGAAUGACAUUCUUCAAGACAUGGAGAAAAGCUUUCUGGUGCAGCAGGUGCCACCAGGUUUUUAUAGAAACAUCCUGUACCACCUUGAUGAACGGACAGGCCAGUUUUCAAUACUUGUGGAGGCUUGGGAACACUGCAAACCCCUUGCAACAGACGAGACCCUUCAAGAAGCCCUGUCCAAGGUGUUGAACAGCAUUAAUUCAGCUCAUGUUUACUUCAAAGCAGGACUUGAUGUGUUCAAGAGCGUCUUGGAUGGGAAGAACUGAGAAAACUCUGAGAAUUUUUAAAAGUUUGUUUACAAUUUCUCAAGCAAAAGCUCUAAUUUAACCAGAUUUUCUGACAUUGAAGGCUUAUUUUCCCCAACAGCUUUUUGACAAGUUUAAAGCUAUUACUACAUUGUAUUUUUAAAUGUACAUAUAAAAAGAACAUUUUGCACAUUUAAUAUUUUUCUUGUAUCUACAUUUCUGAAUAUGUAAAGCAAGUUAUUGAAAUGAUACUUAAGAAUUACCCAUUAAAAAUAAAUCUUAUAUAUAAAUGUAUAAAUAUAUAUAUAUGAACUAUUUUGAGGAUAAAUUUCCAAGAAGUUCUGGACUAUCUUUGUUCCUAUCAGCAGAGCAUAUAGGGACACAGUUUAUUCUCUCUGAUAGAGCUAUUAAUGACCUAGUUUCUGUAUAAGAAAUGGAGAUUGAUAUGGUUUCAGAUUAAUUUCACUAUUAAGCGUUCAAUAUGAAGAAUUCAAGUAUUCUGACUGAGUGAUUGGUUGACCUAAACCACUUUGAAUGUUUCUAUUUUAUGAAAUGAAGUUUCUCUUCUUAACACAACUAGAUGUAGUAAUACACUGGUUAUGAAAUUGUAUUUUUUUAAGUAUGAAUGAAAAAAGAGCCAUAAACAUUCCAGGGAAAAAUCUCAAGCUAUGCAGAGCAAUUUAAAUGCAAAUUUUUUUCCCAACAAUUUAAAGGUGACUAGCUUUGAAACCCCUAAUUUGCCUCAGUUGGUUUUCUAAAAAUGUCAGGAGUGAUGUAUGUCUUAUAAGGGAGAAAAAUAUUUCUUAGUACUUUUUCUCUUGUUUCUGUUAGAAACACUGAAACAGGGACUACUUUAAAAUGAAAGUGUCUCGCAUUGGUUUUCUUUCUUGUAUCUUUUCUGAAACUCUUGCUGUAAGGCAGCUUUCACAGAGUACUACAUAUUUUGUACAGUAAAGUAGCACUUUCUCUUUGAAACCCAAAAUAUCUUCUAAAGCAUCAAAUUUCUAUUUCUGCCUCUGACAAAAAGAACUUACUAUGAAAGAAAUAGUUGUUUUUAUCAAUAAAAGCUCCUUGAUUCUAUGAAUAAA